AAAAUAUCGACUACACGAUAACCAUAAAAACCGGUAGUCGAGCCAAUGCCGGCACUGAUGCUCUGGUGUUCAUGACUAUAUUCGGCUCCAGCGGUUCGACCGGCAGGCUGGUCAUGCCUAAUCAGUCGGCCGGCAACUUUGAGAAGGGCGACACGGACACGUUUACGGUACACGCCAACAACGUGGGGCGGGUUCGAUCUAUUGAGAUAGGACACAACAACCACGGCUGGAACUCAGGAUGGUUCCUUGACUAUGUUGAAAUCGUUCAGAAAGUGGCAGCUGUCGGUGACCACGACAUUAGACCUGGUACUACCAAGUACCGGUUCGACUUUUUCAACUGGAUCGCGUCUGAUGAAGGUGACCGGCUGCUGAUCAAAAAUAUAAAUUCUAACCACCCUGAGGUCAACCUGGGCUAGAUUUGGUUUAUUGAAUCACCAAAAUUUAAGAUUCAAAAUAAGACAUAAUUUAAGUAACAGUUAAAGCU